AGCAGCAACUUCUGAGCAAACUCAUGCCAGCGAGCUGCACACGUCUGCCGCUGCAGCACUAGACCGGACGGAGGCUCCGACAACACGGCAAAAACAAGACGAAGGAAACAUGCCGUCGAACUCCCCAAACCAGUUUUCAGACCUGGAGGAAAUGAUGUGCAAGCAUUUACUGAAUCUUGACCUCAGGGAGCAGAACAGACCGUCUCCAUCUCUCGGCCUGGCGAUGACACCAGGUUGCGUGGGUGAUCUGUGUAGAAGUUCCUCCUUUUCUCUGUCGUCGCUGCCCUCCAUCCCCACGGAUGCUGCAGAUAGUCUGUUUCUGACCACCAGCCAGUGGAUGCAGCAGUCAGAAGGUCCCCUGCCGCCUCAGCUCGGUAAUUCCACACAGUGGGGAAAGUCGGGCUUCCUUUCUCAGCGCUCUGUCAGCAUGGUGGAGACGGGCAGCGCACCAGGAGCAAGUCUAAGCUGGCCUGGGACUGACUUGAAUUUAUCUCAAAGUGACCUGAGCCUCUCUGUACUCAAUAGCGGCUCUUCCUCAUCUACAUCGUCGGUUUCCAGCUCCUCUUCACGGUAUAAAACUGAACUGUGUCGGUCCUUCACCGAGAAUGGCUUGUGCAAGUAUGGAGGAAAGUGCCAGUUCGCUCACGGGGCGGAAGAGCUGCGAGAUCUUAACAGACAUCCAAAGUAUAAAACAGAGCCAUGUCGUACCUUUCACACCAUUGGCUUCUGCCCCUAUGGGAUCCGCUGUCACUUUGUCCACAACAAUGAGGAAGAAAAUAAACCCUCCUUCUCUCGCUCCUCGUCAUCUUCUUCCUCCUCCAACAUUCCUCAACAGCCACCUUCCACCACCCGCUCACACAGGCCUGCUCUCCUCAGGCAGAGUUUCAGCUUUGCUGGCUUUCCCUCUGCUCCUCAGCAGCUCCUCCAGCCUGCUCUAACCAGCCAUGCUCCUGUUCCUGCUGCCGCCUCGUUCACACGUGCCCCAUCGGCCUCUCCUCCGUCCUGCGCCGACAUUACAGACCUCCUCUCCCACGCCUUCCUAGAGAUGGACUCUCCUGCCCACCAAUACCAAGCCCCCAGGGGCCAAGCUACCCCAACUGACCCAUGGUCUCCAUUCCUGCCUUCCCCUGAUUCUGGCUAUUCCCCGUGUGGGCUAUCGCCCACUGACUCACACUCCCUUAGGCAGAGCCCCGGUGCCGCUGGGGCUCUCCCAGGACCAAUGGGCACCCGAUCCCUGUCCUACACCUCUCUGUCAGACCCGGACCAGGAUGGAGGAAGCUCUGCUAGUUCGCUCAGUGGCUCUGAAUCCUCCGGGGGCAAUAAUGAAGCCAAUGGCAAACGUCUGGCAGUGUUCAGUCAGCUCUCUGUGCCCGAGGAUACAGCUGGCCUUUCUCUUUAGGCUGCAGUCUGCUUGCACGUGUAUGCAUACACAUUCAGUUUCGGUUUAUGCAGUGCACACACAUCCGUGCUCACACUAGAGACGCAAAGCUCAUACCACACGACCGGAUCACCAUAGACGUUUUUGCAGCUAACACAUCAGGAGAAAUUAAGACUUAAGGACUGACUCAAAACAGAAAGACUCCCCUUCAUGUGGUCAAAAAUAUCACAAACCAUUGUGAAAGUAAAGUGUCUUUGCACCAAAAUGGAGACCAUAUACUGUAAGACAGAUACUUAAUUGUGACAAAAGCCUUUAUUUUUAUCUAAAUAUUCUGCUGAGAUGGGAAAUUGCAACAAAGCUUGAUAAGUUGUAAUCAGUCUGAUUGAUUUAUCCUUGAGCCAACCCAUAUCGCUGAUAUUUUUUUUUUUCUCCUCCUGUAUCAGUAAAGUAGGUUGUGAAACCAAAGACAUUGUAGCUCAAACGUUUCAAUAGUGGAAGAAAAGACCCAUUAUGAUCUAUGUUUAGGAGUUCUUGCAUUAAUUGUGCACAGUAUGGUUUAUAAGCUUGUGAAAGAGUUUUUUUUGUUAGUUUUUUUUCUACACAAUUGUGCCAUCAUAGGUUAUGUUCUCGUCACUGACCUUGAACAUGAAUGUUCGGAUUUUAAACGUUGUGGCCCUCGGCCUCGUGUUUCCUUAUCUAACAGGUCGAACCAAGAAUCUGAUUUGUUUAGAGAGAUGUGAGCAGGUGUGGAUAUUUUUUUUGUUUGUUUAUUUUAUAUAUAAUUGGAUUUGUUGUGAUGGUUUCUUGUGCUACCAGUGACAUGUCAAAUUGUCACACAAUGUUUGCAGCCUGCAGUUACAAAAAGCAAGGUGAUCGGGUUCAAAUUUAGCAUCUGUCAUCAUUUACAAUGCGUCAUAAACUGUGGAUUUGGUCAAUUUGAAAGUGUACCGACGUGGGGAAUCGUAUGCAUAAAAGCCUUAAUGAGAUGUAAGGACAUCGACACUUGUCUCUGGUGUGAAGCUUGGAGACAAAUGUUGGUGUUUUUUGCAGUUGUAGUACACUUUUAAAUGAUCAUUGACACAUAAUCCAGCAGCAGGGUUAUUUUUUUUUCCCUCCUCUGUGCACCAUUUGAUUUUCAAAGAAUAUUUUUGUUGAUUUUGCUCCCCACCGUGCCACAUCUCUCCAUCAUUCAGUAUUAAUACUUCCUGUUAUGACUUUGAACCGUUGAGACUGGCAGCAUCCUGAUAAGAUCCGUGUAAACUAUGCUCGCGGGUCUGUUGCCUUGCUGAACUAGAUCCAGCAUACAGGAGGGUAAGGGUGUGUAUGCUUAGUGUUUUAGAAAUGUUAUUUCGCUGUUUUUGUGUGUUUACAGUGUAGUUGGUUAGAGGAGCAGACAUAUUUAAAAAUGCCUUUUUGUCAACAUGUUUGAGGCUUGUUAAAGGUAAUAAUCUUUAGUAAAUUAAUUUCUUUAAUUUAUUUUAACAUAUUUAUAGAAGACUUCUCAGUUGUUAAUGCUUGUAUCAAGUUUAAUAUAUUUGUUUUGUUUUUUUUCUUUUUUCU